CGCUGCGUGGAUGAGUAGCAGCAAAUAGACAAGCGUGGUAGAAUCCAACAUGUCUGCGCCCUGAAGGAUAGCAACGCUAACGGCGACGAACAUCAGCAAAACAAGACAGGCUGUCCAUCACGCGCAAGAUGUCGAAGAUCUCCAGGACAGCCAAGGUUGUGAAGAAGGUGGAUCCAGGCGGUGUAAUCCGGGCUAUAGUGAGGUCAGGACAAGCGGCUCCUGGCCCUCCACUGGGCCCCAUCCUGGGACAGAGAGGCAUCCCCAUUGGGCAGUUCUGCAAGGACUUCAAUGAGAAAACCAAGGAGCUAAAGGAGGGCAUCCCUCUUCCAAUCAGGAUCAGCGUGAAGCCCGACAGGACCUAUGACCUUCACAUCGGCCAGCCCACAGUCUCCUACUUCCUCAAGCAAGCAGCGGGCAUCGCCAAAGGUGCUGGAAAGACAGGCCACGAAACAGCCGGGAUGGUGACGGUGCGAGCGGUAUAUGAAAUCGCCCAGGUCAAAGCCCAGGACGAGUGCUUCAAAGUAAGGAACACCUCCAUGGAGAACGUCGUCAAGAGCAUCAUCGGGUCGGCCAAGUCGCUCGGCAUCAAGAUCGUCAAGGACCUCUCGGCAAACGAGUACAAAGUGUUCUUGGAGGAGAGGGAGGAGAAGUUGAAAGCCGACGCGGAGGCGGCAGCAGCGGCCGCAGCCGAAGCUGCGACGAGCAAGAAGAGAGGAACACUUUGACAACUACAAUUCUACAACAGCACAUGUUGGUUGGGACUCUCCAUGGCGUAUUACUGACACCUAGUGACGAGGUGAAGUCCUGCUCCACAUUGCAUACAUGAUUUCUGUUCCAUAUACCAGCACGGAAUAAACUUUGUGUUCUUUGGUGUGUUUCUUCUUUUGCCAAAAAUAUUUAUGGUCCACUAGGUUACUUUUCUACCAAAACAUGCAGUUGUGGAGGGAUUUUUAAAAUGUUUUAUGAACAUUUCCUGAAGCAAGUUGUCUUCUUGUCAGUAAGUGCACGCACUUUCCUUCCCAUUUAUACUCUCACGGUCUGUUAACCUCACACUUAAUCUAUGUUAACUCGUUCAGUCCCAGCCAUUUUACACCAUUUGGACUCAUCUUUCAGGGCACACAGAAUAUUGUGUUGUGUUGCUAUAGAAACAUGGAACCUACCAAAAGACACAUUAGACUCCCGUCUUUCAUCAGAAACAAGAUGUUUCCACUCUUUUCCUUUCUUUAGUAAUCAGUAGUAGAACAUAGGUACGUUUCAGGAAAAUAUCAGUUCCCGACUAAAAAAGGGAGAAACGCAGCUUUUUGUGAAAAGAUACAUUUCAAGCAUAACUUUCACUUUGACACAAAUAUUUGUUGCUUUUGUGACAGCUGAAAUAUCUAAACAACUACACCAACAUAACACAAAAAGGCUUGUUUUACAUCAAAAUAACAAUUUACUUACAAAUAUAACACCAUGAACUAUUUAGAAUUUUCACAUUUGGAACUAAACUGUGUGCGCGCGUGCAUGCGUUAAAAUUUCCCUACAAUACGUAACCUUCUGCCCGCUACACUCUUCCGCACUCUUCCACUUCCUCCUUGCUGUUGAGUGUGUUUUGACUUGCAAAAGAUCCAUGCUGAGCUCUUAUCAAAUGCACUUCUGCCACCUGGCCUCUUUUAUGUCUUAAAAGAGCAAGAAAAGUGGCCUUUUUUAUUGUGCACUUGGAUUAUCACCUCUUUUUGCCUUGUGCAAAAAAAUUAUAAAGAUGCUUUGGGAGCGAGCAUUCGGGUUUAAAAAAAAUGUAUAAAUACGACUUUGGUAUUGAAUGAGUUAAAUGUGCUGUCCCUCUUUGGCUCCAAAUGACACUUUUUUUUCAACCCCCAUAAAAUAUAAGACCACCACCACCGGCUAGCGUAUGUGACCAACAGUCCUUUAAAAGAACAAAUUGAGCCUAUUUGUCUACAUUUGUCACAAUUCCAAUGUUAACAUUGUAGAAAAAAGACUGUGGUUAUCAUAGGCUAUGCAUUCAAGAAUAGCUAACCUUAGUAGAUAAACUUAACCAAAUUGCUAUAAUUAGCUGACAACAAACCUAACACGUUUGUGUUGCAUGGGGUGUGGCUUGCAAUCUUGCAGGAAGAGUGCAGCUGUAUAAUGCUUGAAGCACAUUCAUAAGUCGGUAUACAGUAUGUUAGCAUAUAAACAUGUUAGCAUUUUAGCCAGUAGUCCUGACUACUAUGUAGCAUGUACACAACAUUAAUCCCUCCUUUAACACGGUUAAUUGAAUUUCCACAAAGUAGGAUUCCUUCUUUAUAAAUGGAAUAUUUUUGUAGUUGUGGCAUAGAAAACCAGAUUAUAAUCUUCUAAAUAUGGUUUUUUUUUUUUUUUACAUUAGAACCUUCUACACAUGAAAUAACACCCUUUACAUAGUCACCUUUGCAUUCAUAUUAGCCAAUAUAGUAGACAUCAUCAGAGAAAAUAAGACAGUUUACCUUGUAGGGGGGCAGAGUGGGUGGUGGACAGGAAGUGACAUUCAGAGUUGAAUUUUAUAUUGUUGUGGACUAUGGGCUAUUAUUACAUUAUUAUGGUGCCUGUUGUGAGAUAAGUUAAACCUGCAAUAAAAGCCUGUUGUUACGGCGAUCAAGUCUGGUGCUUAUCUCACCAAACAAGUACUGACAUAGCCGCAUGGCUUGUUUGUUUUAAAAACAAAAUAUCACUGUGCUAAAAAGUCACAUUUGGAGUCCAAAGACCAGAAGCUAGGCAGAUAACGCUAGAAAUACUGUACAAGACGCGUCAUCUUGCUGGCAACCCUACAUGACACAGCAGACAUGUGGUAUUUGUCGCCACACGGCAAUCGUUUUUUUGUGAUCGGCCUUGAAAGGCGUUUAUCGGCAUACGCUGAUCACGUGUUUUUUUUUUUUUUACAGAAAUCGUCCCAUAUUGAUCGGUGGCCGAUCGAUCGGAGCAUCCGAAGUCGUUAGAGCCUAGAAAUGCUGUUUAAGACUUUCUAAAUACGCUUUUAACAUUAUUAGAGCCCUGUAGACAUGAAAUAACACCCAUAUAGUCACAUUUACACUCCUAUUAUUCAAUGAUUACAUCACAUUGCUCAACUCUUAUGCUGCAGGGACUCAAGACAGCCCAUAGCUAACAAGCUAGCGACCUAACCAGUUAGCCUUGAAUCAAAAUCUUGUAAAUUUAAGAGGCCAAAAGUUCAUGCGGGACAUGCCAUGGCUGACUUCAUGACUUCAUGCAGUGCUUAGGUAACGUCAUGUAAGCUAAUGUCUCAAUGUUUUGCGUCAUUCCUGCGCCUAGUGACCACAACACUACAUAUCACUUAUAUUUCCGUUUGUUUUAACUAAUAAUAGUUGAUAGCACAGUAUUCCCUCGCAUAUCGCGGUUAAUUGGUUCCAGACCUGACAAUCUUAAAGGAAUUUCUGCGAUAUAUGACCCAAUGUAAACAAAUGGAAUAUUGUUGCAGUUAGCGCAUGUGAAACCUGUAUGGGUUUUAAUAUUAUUAUAGCCCUGUAGACAUGAAAUAACACCCCAAUAGUCAUUUUUACACUACUAUUACUCUUUGUUUACAUCACAUUGCGCACACUCCAGGGACAUAACAAACAGCAGGCACUAGUGUAGCAAGCUAGCGCACUAAAUAGUUAGCCUCUCUAAUUUACCUAUUCUAAACUUAGUGUUUCAAACGAAGUGGGCAAGGACGACAAAUGAGACAAAAAACUUUCCACUCCCAGACGGAUAGAAGAGAGGAGAACCAUUUUUUCACCAAAGCAGCACAAUGGUUGAUGUGUUUACUUAUAGGACAAGCAGUGCACACAAGUGAAAGACUCCGAUGUAUGGCUAAUCAAUGUAUUCCCUUUCGAGUACCAGUACUCAAAGAGAUGUGUUUCGAGCAACACCGGCUAGGAACGGAUGAAAGCAUUUCAUUUUCAAAAGACGAGCCGAAUAACCAUCACGGUAGUGAAAACUUGUUCCCAAAGUUAGUGUCACUUUAUACCUCUACAAUUGUGCAAAAAGGGAUGCGAAAAUGUUGAAGAUGUAAAUUAAAUGUUGCAUUUCCACUCGACUUUCGCUAUGUGUAGGCAAGCUAUGACCGAAGGUGUGUCCUGUAGCUUCACAUUUUAUUCAGUACGAUAUUGUGAGGGCCGACUGUAUUUUAUUCACACGCUUGCGUCAUAUCUAGUGCAGUUCUUGUUUGUAUCAGACGAUGGCAGCAGAUGACUAGUUCCAAGGGUCCUCAGCAGGUCAUCUUUACUGCACCCCUGACAACUGCAAAAGGUCGGUAUGGAACAAAAUGUACACCUUUAUAGGAAAUGUGUAAUAUAUAAGACGGAUGUAUGAUAAAUCAUGUGCUGUACGUUGCUCUUCACGUGUAGUGAUACAUGGUUUACUUCAUGUAUUAACAGGAUGAAAAUGUGACAUGUACAGUAUGAUGAUUUUUCCAUUUCUUCAUGUAAUUUGUUGCAUUUUAUCAUUUUUUCUACACAUCCCUCUUUACUGUACCUCUAAAUUUAGCCUCCCUUCACUUGCUUUGUCUCCUCACUCCAGCCCUCCCCUCUCUGAGCCUGCUGAAUGGAUGCUGAGAAUAGACUUGGAGGGCUGCUGAGCAGGAAUGCCUAUAUAUGGAGCCUUACAGGUACAUCCAGUGAAUGUGGGUAAGUGUGCUUUGUAAAAGAAGGUGUGUGUCAUCAUCAUCAUCAUGGGUGGGAGGCCAAGCUUUUGAGUGCGAGUGCGCAUGCUCGUACGCACAAAGCUCGGUGUGC